AUGAUAGGCAGCGAUCGCCGGGGCAGCGUGGGCAAUGGUGGCCACAGCUGGGGCGUGGUGGACUGUGGUAGUGGCAACAGCUGGAACAGCGUGGACGGCAGCGACAGCUGGGGCAGCGGCGUACGUGGCCACUGGAGCGGCAACAGCGGUGGCGACUGGGACAGCGUGGGCAACAGUGGCGACACGGGUCACAGCUGGAGCAACAGCGUAGGAGGCGACGGCUGGGGCAGCAACUGCGGUGGCGACUGGCGCGUGGGCCACAGUGGCGAAAGCUGGAGCAGCAGCGUAAGUGGUGGAAACCUUAGUCACGGCUGCAGCAGCGGCGAAGGUGGCAACUGGGGCAGCGUGGGCAACGGUGGCCACGGCUGGAGCAGCGGCCAGGCCAACGCCAUAGCCGGCGGUGCCGACGAAACCAGCGAAAGCACUGGUGGCCAGAGCCAGAACAAUGCAGGCACGGAUCUGGAUAGGAAGAAUGUCUCAAAGCGUUGGCAAGGAACAUAG